AUGGAGUCGACUGAAAGCGAAAAAAUAGAAUCUGUUGUUAAAGCAGCAGAAAAUGAUAAAAUUAAUGAUUUAAAUAAUACAGAGGUAAUUGAUUCUGUAAAUCAUGAAGUUAAUAAAAAUGAUGUUAAAAAAGUUGAUGAUAAAAAAAUGAAUGAUGUUAAUAAAAAUAGUGACUCUGAUGCACAGUGUUGUGCUAAAAUAAAUAACACAGAGUCUUUGGAUAAGUUAAAUGAAAGAAGUACUGAUGUGGUGAAUAAAGACGGUUGUGAUUUGGUUGAUGAUGAGCGUGCUGAUGAACCAAUAGAUGACAGUAAAGAACACGAUGAAGCAGAGGCUGAGGAAAAUACAAAGAAAGAUGAGAAUUUGGAAGUAGACCAAAAUAAAGAUAUUGAAGAUGAAAAGGAUGAGGAAGAAAAAAUAGUUAAAAAAAAAACCGAGGUAGAGAAAAAGAAACAAGUUGCUGAAAACACAGAAAUAGAUGAUAAGAAAACAGAAGUAGAAAAAAAAACAGGAGCCAAUGAAAAUAUUGUCAUUGAUGAUGAACCUGAAGAAAAAGAUAAAAGUACUUCAAGUGAUUCUCGUGCUCUUUCUGAUGUUUCUAUGAGUAAUGAUGAUGGUAAAGGUGAAUCUAUGGUGGUAACAGAAGAAGACAAAGGCAAAUUAUCAACUGAUGAAGUACCAAAAAAGGUAGAUGGUGAAUUGAGAAAACCUAAAAUUCAUCCUAAAAUAACAAACAAUCGAGACAUUUACUGUUGGAGAUGCCACAGAGAUGGUGUGGAAGCUAACUGCAGGGCUUGUCCACGUGCUUGGCAUCGCAAGUGUAUCGGUGGGACACCUCCAACUACAGACAAUUGGAUUUGUGGUGAAUGUGCGAGUAUAUUGCAAGCUGAAAAUGCAUCAACUCGUUCGCCAACCAUGGCUCAUAUUACUGUAGAUCAGCUUUGCUUGGUGCUAAAAUACGUCAUCGGUUGUAUGAAACACUUGCUCGGUUCGGAACCAUUCUGGAAUGCUGUUGACUUGAAAGAAGUUCCCAAUUACAUGGACUACGUGGUGAAGCCUAUGGAUUUGAGUUUAUUAGAAACGAAUGUUGAUGCUAAGCUUUACGGUAGCACUGAUGCAUUUAUGGCGGAUGCUAAAUGGAUACAGCAUAACUGUAUCGUAUUUAAUACAUGUAAGAAUAGUGGUGGAGAGUAUACAGAUUCUUCAAAAUUAACGAAUGCAGCAAAAUUAAUUAUAAAAAUAGCACGGCAAGAAGUAUCUGAAUAUGAAGCAUGUCCUGAUUGUUACUCACGUGGUCGUAAUAUACCACGAGCAAAUCCGUCCUGGUUUGUAGAAGCCUGCAGCAAACCUCAUCCGCUUAUUUGGGCUAAGCUAAAAGGAUUUCCAUUUUGGCCGGCAAAAGCUUUGCCACGCAUCAAUGCAUUGGGUCAUGUUGAUGUCAGAUUUUUUGGAGCACAUGAUCGCGCGUGGAUAGCCCCUAAAGAUAUUUAUCUUUUCUCUAAAGAACCGCCAACAUCUUUGCCUAAGAAGAAACGAUAUGAAAUGAUUGACUGUCUUAAGGAAAUAAGCCGUCAUACUAAAAAAUUAGAAAUGGCAUUUGGACCAUUUACUUAUGCUCCUAACAGAACUCUUUACAAUCCACACGAUGAAAAUCAGAUAAAACUUUUACUUCCACAGUAUGAUCCGACGUGCUUUUAUGAUUUGACAUUGAUUAAUCAAACCCUUCCGAUACAGCAGCAAUCAUCAUUGUCGUCGGGUGAAGAUAGCUCACCGAGAAAAAGUUCGGUGUCGGUGAGUGAAAGAUUGUCUGAAAAAGAAGUGAGUUCUUCAACUCCUGUUAAAGAUAUUGUUCCAAUGACGAAAAAAAAAGGUGGUAGAAAACGUAAAUUAAGUGAUGAUCCGAAUCAGGUUGACGGUAAAAAAGUUGCUAAAACAAGAGGAGGUCGCAAAAAAUUUUCUGAAAAUAAAGGAAAUGAUGGUAUUGAAAAGACACAAGAGUCUGAAAAUUUACCAGCUCAAGAAGAUACUCCCCCAACUACAGAAGUAGUAGAACCAGCGGCACCAGCAGUAAAUAAAAAUAACACUGUACCCGAAAGCAGAGUUAAAUCACGCAAAUGGUUGUCUAAAAAAUUUAUGCCUCCUGAAAAACAUUUUUACAAAGUAAGAGCAACAAGAUUAGGAACUAAAGAAUAUUAUGAUAAACCUAAUAAUUUACGGAAAACAAACUCAUCAAUAAAUACUCAUGGAAGAGAAGGACGAGCUGCUAUCGUACGGCCUUAUAAGCACAGAGCUGCAAAGCUACAAAACUCGGAGCAAGAUAAAACAACUGGUCCAACAACAAGAUCAAAUGUGGAAGAAGUACAAGAUAAAAAAAGAAAUUUAAGUGAUGAAAGUUCAGCUCUUAAUCGAUCAGAAACAAGCCCCUCUAAGUAUUCAUCUUCUUCUGUUGAUUCAAUACGUCCAGAUGUAUCUAUGGAGACAACCAAUAAUUUACUUGACAAUUCAUUAAAUUUAGUUCCUGGAAAGCGACAGAGUAAAGCAAAAAAAUCAUUCCCUAAUAAACCACCUCAAAUUCCGACUCGUUCAUUUUUAAGACCACUUCUUGCAAAUAAUAGUAGUGAAACUGAUGAUAAAAAAAUCGACAUUCCAGUCCUCAACAGCAAUGGAAUGGAUUAUACUUUGCCUCCACCUGAAGCUGGUCCAGUGAGCACUCAAUUAAACCGAAGUGCGAGUGAAUUGGUACGGCAAAUGGCUAGACUGAUGGAAGAAGCGCUGAAAGAGACGGCGAGGAAGACGAAUAAUCAAGAAGAAGCCGGCAAAUUUAUAUUCGAGUUGGAAAUAGAACGUAUGAAAUGGGAACAUCAGCAGCAUCUUGCUGAAAUUAAGCACAAUACAGAUCGAACUUUGAGAGAAAUGCGAGCAAGUUUGGAAGUCGAAAGAUUGAGAGCGGUUGAAGAAAUUCGUAAGGAGACAGAGGAUGAAAAAAUUCGGUCCAUCGAAGAGACGAAAACAAAACAAUGGUGUGCUUCGUGCUGGCAAGAAGCCUUGUAUUAUUGCUGUUGGAAUACAUCAUACUGCAGUCCAUCGUGUCAACAACAACAUUGGAAAACUCAUAUGAGUAAAUGUACCCAAAAACCAUCACAACCUAAUCAACAAGAACCUGGAAUGCCGACAUUAAUACCAAGUGCUCAAUUGAACUCGUCAAAUGUACGUGGAGCUUAG